GGUAUUUUACGUGUACCAAAACAUUGAACGCAGCUGUACUCGUGAAUGCGGAUGAGUUUGCAAGGUAAAGGUGUACGUGACGAAGCUAAAGUUUGUUAAAAUAUUGGUGAAAACAUUUGACAGAGAAAGUUACAAUGAGAGGCUUUGCACUGAAUCAGUUUGUGGACAUUAGUUCGUCUUUUCUUGCUCACCUUCAGUAGCUGUCAGCGGGGGUUCUCCUCAACACGUCUGAUUGUUUCACGUUUGAACUGCUAGUAAAAAAAAAGUGUUAAAAGUGAAGACAAGGUGUCAUCAAGGAAACAAAAACCAUCAGGGUCCUCUGCUGCUGGUGCAGAUGCCUCGUUUGGAAAAGUCAAAUGGCAGAGGGACAAAAAGACCAAAGUUAGACUGGAAGUUUGUUCAGAGGCUAUGCAGCAUCCAGAAGGUCCUCUUCCCAUCAUGGACCAGUCAAAGUGCUCUGAUGUUUGGGACACUGCUUGCUGUCACUCUGACAGAGCAGCUGAUUAUUUACCAAGUGGGUGUCCUCCCCAGCUUCUUCUACGAGGUUCUAGGGGACAAAGAUUACACAGGCUUCAGGAAUCUGGUGGGCACUGCUAUGGUGCUCAUUCUGGUCAACUCCACUUUGAAAAGUGUGGACCAGUACAUUUGUAAUCAGAUGUAUCUGAGCUGGAGGAAGACGCUUACUGAGAGUCUCCAUACAGCCUACUUUCAGGGCCGGGUCUAUUACACACUUAAUGUGCUCCGAGAGGACGUAGACAACCCAGACCAAAGAAUCAGUCAGGAUGCAGAGAGGUUGUGCAAGCAGAUGAGCACCAUGGCCAGUCGUUUGAUUGUGUCACCCUUCACACUGGCUUACUACACCUAUCACUGCUUCUACAGCACCGGCUGGAUCGGUCCUGUCAGCAUCUUCGGCUACUUUGUGGUCGGGACCAUCUCCAAUAAAAUCCUGAUGGGGCCAAUUGUGUCCACUCUGUUUGAGCAAGAAAAGUUAGAAGGAGAUUUCAGGUUCAAGCACAUGCAGAUUCGUGUCAAUGCAGAGUCUGCAGCUUUUUUCAGAGCUGGAAAAAUUGAGCACAUGAGGACCAACAGCAGACUACAGGCCCUGCUGCAAACUCAAAAGAGUCUAAUAAACAAAGAGCUCUGGCUCUAUAUUGGGGUGAACACCUUUGACUACCUUGGAGGUUUUCUCAGCUACAUAAUAAUUGCCAUUCCUAUCUUUACGGGACUCUAUGAUGGUCUCACUCCUGGAGAGCUCAGUGCACUCGUCAGUAAGAAUGCCUUCGUCUGCAUCUACUUGAUCAAUGGCUUCACCCAGUUAAUAGACCUGUCUACCACUCUGUCAGAUGUGGCCGGAUACACCCACAGGAUUGGGGAGCUCAGGGAGGUGAUGGAGGACAUCCUACACAAGCAGUGUGACUAUGACCCGGCUUCAGGGGAAUGCUAUGACUUUGACAGUGAUUUCAAUGUCCAUGCAGGCCCCGCGGACACCGCCUUCAUCCUGGAUCAUCUUUCAUACAAAUCUCCUUACUCAGACCAGCUGCUGGUAGAGGAUCUGAGUCUGAAAAUCAGCCAGGGAACACAUCUGCUGGUGGUGGGGAACACAGGGACUGGCAAGACGUCCCUGCUGAGGGUCCUCAACCGACUCUGGGAGGCACACAGCGGUUUUGUUCAGAUGACCACAUGUUUUGGACCAAGAGGAACCCUCUUCCUGCCUCAGAAACCUUAUCUGACUGACGGUACACUGCGGGAACAGGUGAUCUACCCGCUGAAGGAUAUUUACCCUGCAUCAGGGUCAGUGGAUGACGACAGAAUCAUACAGUUCCUGGAACUAGCUGGUGUGUCCAGCAUCCUGAAGCGCACUGGUGGGCUGGAUGAAAAGGUGGACUGGAACUGGUAUGAUGUCCUGUCCCCGGGUGAAAUGCAGCGUCUCUGCUUUGCACGGCUUUUCUAUUUGCAGCCCAAAUACGCAGUUCUGGACGAAGCCACCAGCGCUCUGACAGAGGAUGCAGAGGCACAGCUCUACCGCACCUGUAAACAGCUGGGCAUGACUUUGAUCAGUCUGGGACACCGAAGCAGCCUGGAGAAGUAUCAUGAUGUCCAGUUGAAACUAUGCGGAGGAGGCCAGUGGGAGUUGACCAAGUUAAAAGGAAAUGUUGGGAACCAACAAGAAGAAGACAAGUGAUGGCAGAGACAUCGCUUUGAAGUCCUGGAUACACUAGGACAGAAAACACUCCAGUUUCUCCAUCACUAAAAACUUGUUUCCAAGGUAUUUUACAACCCAGUUACUGCAGUGGGGCUGACCAACUAAAGGUAUUAAUGUUAUAAAACAUUUGCACCAGUUUGCCUGGAGUGGGUGAGAGUGCCACAGUAUUACAAAGAAGAUGAUGGAUUUAAGGACGAUUGUGUGUCAGGAGAAAGAGCUCAACCAGAAUGUUCAGAACAUAAAGACUUUUCCAAAUCAA